GAGCAGAGAGACAGACAGACAGACAGACAGACAGACAGACAGACAGACAGACAGACAGACAGACAGACAGACAGACAGACAGACAGACAGACAGACAGACAGACAGACAGACAGACAGGUAAGAUCGAAGGGGGAAACAGAAACAAAGCAGUGAAACAAACAAUGGCUUUCUUGGACAACCCAGCCAUUAUCUUGGCCCACAUCCGGCAGUCCCAUGUGACCAGCGAUGACACGGGCAUGUGUGAGAUGGUGCUAAUCGACCACGACGUGGACCUGGAGAAGUGGCAGCUGGCCUCGGUGCCCGGCAGCAGCGGGGGUUCACUGGGUUCGGGCUCCCUAGGCGAAGGGGGCAGCGGAGGGGAGAACCCGGGCUGCGACCUCUCCCAGUCAUUGGACAUCACCUCCAGCUGGGACUUUGGCAUCCGUCGGCGCUCCAACACAGGACGUCAACAAGAAAGGCGCGAGAAACCAGGGGUGGCUGCUCAAAGACUUGAACGGUUAAGGAAGGAGCGACAGAACCAGAUCAAAUGCAAAAACAUUCAAUGGAAGGAGAGGUCGUCCUCGCAAUCAGCGGAGGACCUGGGUUCCCUGUUUGAGAAGAGGGACUUUAAAGGUAGACCCAGGAGCACUGGUACCAAGUCGACCCUCUCUCUCCGGCUCGAGCAAUGCCCCCAGCAGCUCAACAACCCUUUCAACGAAUACUCCAAAUUCGACGGCAAGGGCCACGUAGGUACAACCGCAACCAAAAAAAUUGACGUCUACCUCUCGAUGCAGUCUGCACAGGAGAAACUGCAUCCCAUGAUGGUGGUGACCAUCGCCAACGCUCGGGUCCACGACCUCAUUGGCCUCAUCUGCUGGCAGUACACCAGCGAGGGCCGUGAACCCAAACUCAAUGAGAACGUGAAUGCAUACUGCCUUCACAUAGCAGAGGAUGACGGGGAGGUGGACACAGACUUCCCCCCUUUGGACUCCAAUGAGCCCAUCCACAAGUUUGGUUUCAGCACUCUGGCCCUGGUCGAGAAGUACUCGUCCCCCGGCCUGGCCGCCAAGCAGUCCCUCUUUGUACGAAUAAAUGCUGUCCAUGGUUUUUCUCUCAUCCCAGUGGACAGCCUGAAGGUGACCAUGAAGGAAAUCCUGCAGAAGGCACUGAAGAAGAGGAAAGGCUCUCAGAAAGGCUCUGGUCCCAUGUACCGUCUGGAGAGGCAGACGGAGCCCAACGUGCCCGUGGAUCUGGACUGCAGCCUCGAGAGCCAGAGCACCCUAGAGUUCUGCCUGGUCAGGGAAAACAGCUCCAGAGGAGAGGACAGUUCAGAGGAGGAUCCUCCCAUGGACAUCACCACGGUGCAGGACAUGCUGAGUAGCCACCGCUACAAGUCCUUCAAGAUCAGCAUGAUCCACAAGCUCCGCUUCACCACUGACGUACAGCUCGGCAUCUCGGGGGAGAAGGUGGAGAUCGACCCCGUCACCAACCAGAAGACCAGCACCAAGUUCUGGAUCCGACAGAAACCCAUCUCCAUCGACUCAGACCACCUCUGUGCCUGUGACCUUGUGGAGGAGAGGAGCCCCAGUCAUGCAAUAUUCAAGCUCACAUACCUCAGUAACCACGACUACAAGCCCUUGUACUUUGAGUGUGAUGCUGCUACUGUCAAUGAGAUCGUGCUUAAGGUGAACUACAUCCUGGAGUCUCGGGCCAGCACGUCGCGGGCGGACUACUUUGCCCAGAAGCAGCGUAAACUGAGCCGGCGCACCAGUUUCAGCUUCCAGAAGGAGAAGAAGUAGAGGAGACCCUGGAGCCACUGUCUGGAGCCACUGUCUAGACCCUGGAGCCACUGUCUGGACCCUGGAGCCAAUGUCUGGAGCCACUGUCUAGACCCUGGAGCCACUGUCUAGACCCUGGAGCCACUGUCUAGACCCUGGAGCCACUGUCUAGACCCUGGAGCCACUGUCUAGACCCUGGAGCCACUGUCUAGACCCUGGAGCCACUGUCUGGAGCCACUGUCUAGACCCUGGAGACACUGUCUGGAGCCACUGUCUAGACCCUGGAGACACUGUCUGGAGCCACUGUCUAGACCCUGGAGACACUGUCUGGAGCCACUGUCUAGACCCUUGAGACACUGUCUAGACCCUGGAGACACUGUCUGGAGCCACUGUCUAGACCCUGGAGCCACUGUCUGGAGCCACUGUCUAGACCCACUGUCUAGACCCUGGAGCCACUGUCUAGACCCUGGAGCCACUGUCUGGAUCCUGGAACCACUGUCUAGACCCUGGAGCCACUGUCUAGACCCUGGAGCCACUGUCUAGACCCUGGAGCCACUGUCUAGACCCUGGAGCCACUGUCUAGACCCUGGAGCCACUGUCUAGACCCUGGAGCCACUGUCUAGACCCUGGAGCCACUGUCUGGAGCCACUGUCUGGACCCUGGAGCCACUGUCUGGAGCCACUGUCUAGACCCUGGAGUCACUGUCUAGACCCUGGAGACACUGUCUAGACCCUGGAGACACUGUCUGGAGACACUGUCUGGAGCCACUGUCUAGACCCACUGUCUAGACCCUGGAGCCACUGUCUAGACCCUGGAACCACUGUCUGGAUCCUGGAACCACUGUCUGGAUCCUGGAACCACUGUCUAGACCCUGGAAUCACUGUCUAGACCCUGGAAUCACUGUCUAGACCCUGGAAUCACUGUCUAGACCCUGGAACCACUGUCUAGACCCUGGAGCCACUGUCUGGACGCUGGAGCCACUGUCUAGACCCUGGAGCCACUGUCUAGACCCUGGAAUCACUGUCUAGACCCUGGGACCACUGUCUAGACCCCGGAGCCACUGUCUGGACCCCGGAGCCACUGUCUGGACCCUGGAGCCACUGUCUAGACCCUGGAGCCACUGUCUAGACCCUGGAGCCACUGUCUAGACCCUGGAGCCACUGUCUAGACCCUGGAGCCACUGUCUGGAGCCUGGAGCCACUGUCUAGACCCUGGAGCCACUGUCUAGACCCUGGAGCCACUGUCUAGACCCUGGAGACACUGUCUAGACCCUGGAGCCACUGUCUAGACCCUGGAGCCACUGUCUAGACCCUGGAGACACUGUCUAGACCCUGGAGACACUGUUUAGACCCUGGAGACACUGUUUAGACCCUGGAGCCACUGUCUGGACCCUGGGACCACUGUCUAGACCCUGGAGCCACUGUCUGGACCCUGGAGCCACUGUCUGGACCCUGGAGCCACUGUCUAGACCCUGGAGCCACUGACUUCACUCUCACAGCAGAGUGCCAAGGGAGAGAGUGAAGAGUGUCACAGUCAGAGAUAUAAUAAGAGUGAGAGAUGAUGAGAAAUAAAAAGAGAGGGAGAUCAAGGCCGCAGGAAGAUGUUUUUUCGUUCUCUGCUCAUACAGUAAAGGCCUAGUUCACUAAUUUUGAAAAAUAUAUAUUUUAUUUAGAUUCAUCAGGGGGUGCUGUAGCACCCUCGACACCCUUACUUCUCGCAGCUAUGAGGGAGAUGCGUCUUGAUCCUAGAUAAUUAAAGAGCUGCCUCCUAAACUCCAAUGUCUUCACAAAAGGGUCUCCACUCGCUAGCCAUAUCAGAUCUAAUGUUCCCUGCCUGCCCUUUGUCCUUUUAGGAAUGCUUAGACAUAGAAAACAAGAACAAGGCUUGUAGUCCUAUUCUGAAGGAGAUGACGGAAUGCAACUCUCCCCCUCCCUGUUAUUGUCAAUCCCAUGAACUCAGGAUGGAUCAGAGGACCCACGGUGUUGCUUUAACACCAGUGUCAAUCAACGAAACCUUGUUCCAUCCACCGCCUACAAAUCAAUUCUACAUUUGAGAGUUGAAUGCAUAUACCGAUGGCUCGAGUGAAAAGCGAAGCCAUCAGGACAAUGAAAAUACUAAAUCCCUCGCUUCUGCUCUUCUCUACGUAUGGAGAUGUAAACUUAAUCAGUCUUAUGUUGUACAUUGGUAUGUAAAGGGAACAUCCUUACAUUUUUAUUUGUAUAUAGAUAACGAUUACAUUCAGGGGUUAAUUAAAUGAUAUGAUGAAACCUGCUUUGGCCAUAGUACAUUCAGUGCCUGAAACCUUUAAAAUAGUGGCUCACUACCAAUCAAUGCCAGUUCUGCUGAGGUGCUGUGAGGGUUUUUAAAAACACAAGCAAGACGAGUACAUAAGGAAGGCAUUUUCCAUACUUUCCAGUCUGAAAGAAAACUCUCAAAACGACUUAUUGUGAAUAAAGGUAGCAAGGGGAUAGGAAGGGGUACGACCUGACAGAUUUUUAUGAUUUCAAACAAAACAAACAAACAAAAUGUAAUUAUUACCUGUACUUUUUACUGUGAUCUAUACAAUUAUUUUUUUCUUCAUUGUAUCUAUGGACUGUAAAAUAAUGAAUGAAGCACUGUCUGUUAAACAGAUCAUGUUUGUUCAGACUGUCCCGAUGGGAGGCACAUAAGGAAUGUAUUACUUUUUACAGCAUUUUGUUGAUGUUGUUAAUAAAAUGACAUUAUAUAAAUUCUG